CCUUCUUCCCUUUCGGUUCUCCGAAGAUCUCUGAAACCCUUCUCGUUGGCUUUUCUGUAUCCAACGCCAUGAGCCUUCUCGACAAGCUCUGGGACGACACCGUUGCCGGCCCCCAACCAGACGCCGGUCUUGGCCGCCUCCGGAAGCCCUCCUCCCUCUCUCUCCGCCCGCCCUCCGCUCGAGUGGUGACAGAUGAGGCGGCGGCCGGCGAAGGGAGAUCGUGCGGCGAGGAGGAGGAGCCGAGGGUUACGAGGGCCAUCAUGAUAAAGAGGCCGGGAGGGCGCCCGUCGCCGGCGAGCUGGACUCCGCCGUCAUCCCCGGCGGGAUUUACUCCUCCGGCCUCCCCCUUUGCCGGUGGUGGAGGGAAGGAGUGGAACCGGUUUAGGAGGAAAUACGAGAGAAGAGGAGGAGGAGGAGGAGGAGGAGAGGUGGUGGGGGUGGAAGGGGAGAGUACUUCUUUUCCUCCGUUUGAGGUGUGAGCUCUCCAUGGGAGUUCAUUAUCUGGACCUACCCUCGCUCUCAUGAGGGGAAGACACAAAAAUGAGAGAGAGAGAGAGGAGGGUUAGGUUUUGUAUGGUUAUAAUGGUAAUAUUAUGGCUCUUGAUAGCACGCAUCUUGCGUGGUAGUGUAAUAAGAAAUGGGAUCUCUCUUUGCACGCGAAAGGGUUGUGUUCUGGAAAUUUGAGUGAGAAAAGAGCAAGUGUCAAGUCGAACUUUGUUGUCCUCUGUAAUAUGUUUGGUUGGCGUAGUCAUCAAAUCUGAGUUUGUUUGCAUGUAUGUG